UCAAGGAUGAAUAGAAGGAAGAUUUGGCAAAGAGGAUGAUGGAAAAUAAAAUCUCACUUAUAAUACACAAUUAUUCAAAUUUUCAUAAUUUGUAAAUAAUCUUAGCAAAACGCCGCUUCCAUAUAAAAAAACUUGACCUCGGAAAUGGUAUGGUCCGAUUUUCGGCUUCAACGAUCUCUGAAAUUCAGCCGCUGCUGGAGCGAUGUUUCUCUCUCUUACACUCUUCUUCUUCGCUCAAACAACUGUUGCAGAUUCAUGUCCAGUUAAUAAUAUCUGGCCUCCAUCGCAACUCCUGCUUCGCUGAGGAGAUCAUCCAGCUGUGCACUUCCGCUUCACUCAAGGCGAAACAUCAAAUUGAUUGCAUAAAUCACGCUCACCGUCUUGCUAAUUGCUAUCAAAACUUGGAUUCUUCGUCAUGGAACAGUGUGAUAAGGGCCUACGCCACCUCCGAUUCGGGCUCGCAGCGAGAGGCCUUGAGGGCUUUUCUCGAUAUGCGGCGGUUGGGAGUCGGACCCGACGGCCAUACUUUCCCUUAUGUGUUUAAGUCGUGCGCUUCAUUUCUCGGCUUCAGUGAGGGGCGGCAGGUUCAUGGGGAUGCGUUGAAGCAUGGUUUGCAUCUAAAUGUGUAUGUGCAGAACACCAUGAUUCAUUGCUAUGGGUCUUGUAGGAAGUUGACGGAUGCCUACAGGGUGUUCGAUGAAAUGUCCCACAGAACUCUUGUUUCCUGGAACUCGAUGAUGAAUGCUAAUGUGGAGUGCGGUUGGUUUUAUGAAUCGGUGGAGCUUUUUCUUAAGAUGAGACGCGCUGGAUUUGUGGCGGACGAGACGACCAUGGUGAUUGUGCUUUCUGCUUGUGCGGAGCUUGGGAAUUUGAGCUUGGGGAAGUGGUUGCAUUCUCAGGUGAUUGAGAAUGAUAUGGUUGUGAAUUGUCAGCUGGGAACUGCUCUCGUCGACAUGUAUGGGAAAUGUGGGAAUGUUGGUUAUGCUAGUUUUGUUUUUAAUAGGAUGGUUCAUCGAAACGUCUGGACAUGGAGCUCUAUGAUCACUGGGUUUGCGCAGCACGGGUUUGCUGGACAAGCCCUCGAGAUAUUUCAGGAGAUGAGGAAUCAAUCUGUCAAGCCUAAUCGCGUGACUUUUCUUGGAGUUCUUAGUGCGUGUAGCCAUGGUGGAUUGACAGAGGACGGGCAGCGUUAUUUCAAAGAGAUGGAACAAGUGCAUGGGAUCAAGCCCAUGAUGGUACACUAUUGCGCCAUGGUCGACAUGUUGGGCCGUGCUGGCCGUCUUAAAGAGGGUUACGAGUUUGUGAUGAGCAUGCCUAUUGAGGCUGAUGGUGUUGUGUGGAGGGCGUUGCUCAGCUCUUGUCACAUUCAUGACAUGAAUGACUACAGCGGUGUGAGUGAGAGGGCGAGGGAGAAGCUGAUGGAGCUAGAACCGAAGAGGAGCGGCAACCUUGUGAUGAUCGCAAACAACUAUGCUGAAGUUGGAUUGUGGGAGAAAGCAGGUGCUCUCAGGAGCAAAAUGAGAGUCAAAGGGUUGAAGAAGAUAGCUGGAGAGAGCUGCAUAGAGAUAGCCGACGCCCCGGACCAGACAACUGAACCUGCUAUGACAACGGUAGCCACGAUCCCAGUAGCAGAUACAUAUGAUAGAGUGGUAAGAUUAUCUAUCCAAACAGUGGGCAUGAUUAUAACCGCAGCUAACAGAAUACAUGUUUGACGCCCAUUGAUCACGAACCACCCUUGCACGUUGACUUGGAGAUCAGGUAACAGAUUGUGCAAGUUAUCUGCAACUAGUAUGAGGAAACCUAUGGACAGCAAGUAAAGUUCAAGAUUCAUGAAAAUGGAGACGACGAGUC